UUUUGUGCAUGGUGAGAAACGCUGGGAACCAACAACCCUUCCUGGUGAGCCUCUACUCCGGAAGUGGGAAACCACCCAACUUAGAAGCCUUUUUAUCACCAUUUCUUGAAGAGUUGAAACUGCUCACCACUGAUGGCUUACAGUACAAGGGAAAGCACAUACAGGUAAAGCUUGAGGCUGUAAUUUGUGAUGCUGUUGCACGGAGCUUCCUAAAGCGCAUCAAAAGUCACAAUGGUUACUAUGGAUGUGAACGUUGUAUGCAAAAGGGUGUGCACCAAGAGGGCAGAAUGCUCUUCACGGAAGUGGAUGCUCCUCUUCACACAGACAAGAGCUUCCGAGAACAAAGCUGUGGAGGUCACCACAUGGGAGAGUCUCCGUUUCUGCAGCUGGAGAUUGACAUGAUUUGUGCAUUUCCCCUGGACUACAUGCAUCUCCUGUGCUUAGGGGUAAUGCGAAGGUUGCUGCAUCUUUGGACUGGUGGAAAAUAUGGUCGUGGGAAGCUAACGGCAGAACAACAACACACAUUGAGUGAGAGGCUAAUCUCCUUUCGCAGAGACUUCCCUACCACGUUUCAAAGAAAGCCACGAGGAGUCAAUGAGCUUGAAAGGUGGAAAGCCACUGAAUUUCGCUCCUUUCUGUUGUAUGCUGGUCCAGUGGCACUCAAGCAACUACUGCCUGACAAGCUGUAUGAUCAUUUUCUGAUCCUUCAUGUGGCUGCAAGAAUUCUAGCCACUCCAACACUGUACAGAACACAGCAUCAUUACGUUGAAAACCUCCUGAAGUUCUUUGUGCAAGAGAUGGGUGAACUGUAUGGAAGAACACAGCUCAUAUACAAUGUCCACUCCCUUGUACACCUUGCAGGGGACUGUCUGCAGCACGGGCCACUUGAUUCAUUCAGUGCAUUUCCGUUUGAAUCAUACCUGGGAAGGCUGAAGCGAAUGCUGCGAACCACAAGCAAUCCCCUCUCACAAAUCAGCCGCAGAGUAUCGGAAUUGAAGCACUGUGGAGCACCUGUAAAUGACAAUGCCACGACCCUCUGUGUCAAGCCAGGGUUUUGCUACCACUUUCCCAAUGGUUAUUUUGCACGUGUACAAGAAGUACGUGCAUCACAAGCUCGAGUGACUGUCUUUUCGAACAAGGCAGACUUCUUUGUAACACCACUUAAGUCCUCUUUCUUCAACACCUUUCGAGUCAGUUGCCGUGGUUCCACUGAACGAACGAUGCCACUGUCAGCCCUCAGUAAGGAAAAGCAGUGCGUGCUACUCAACUACAAAAAUGACUAUGUCGCCUUCCCGCUUCUCCACCAAAUGCAGUUAUCAUAGAAUACUUGCUUCACCAAGACUCUCUACUUCAUUCAUGAAGCCCUUUUAAGGGUCAGGCAACAUUGUUGCAAUAAAUGCAUACAGGUACAUCUCAGAAAUAAAAAAUAAAGCUAUGACUAUGAUGUCAUAGUCCCCAUUCUACACA